AUGCGGAAAGCUGUGUUUCUAACUCCUCUGCUAGUCCUGGCAUGGGCGCUCGCACUCCCCGAACCUCUUUACCCUACGCAGGAGAACUUUGACCUGACAAGGUUUUUGGGGACUUGGCAUGACAUCGCCGUGGCGAAGACAUGUCAGCAUUUGGAACACCACAAAAAAGACUCGGCAAUCGGCAAACUGGUGCUGCAGAGAGGAGCUAGUGCGGAUAAACUGGAGAUGACCAGAACUGUACUCAAAAAUGGAACCUGCAAAGAGAAAAGUGGAGACUAUAGUCUGACAAAAACACCGGGAAAUUUCCGUCUUGCAAAGUGGGGGACUGAAGUGGACGCCUACGUGGUGCAUACAAACUACGAUGAAUAUGCUCUCAUGAUAAUGAUCAAGCAUCUAUCGCCGGACCAGAGCUCCAUCUCAGUAAAGCUCUACAGUCGAACCAUGGACGUGAGGGACACGGUGCUGGAUGAUUUCAAAAGACUGGUCGGAGAGCAAGGGAUGAGCGAUGACAACAUCAUCAUUAAACAGAACAAAGGGGAUUGUGUUCCUGGAGAACUGGUGGACGAGAUGACAACAGAGCCUGAGAGGAUGAAGAGGGAUGUAGUACCAGUUAUGCCACUGGAAGAAUUGGAAAUGGACGGUUCUGGCGAUGACGCGCUCAUGUUUAACGGAUCAGAGGCUUGCAGUUUAGGAGCAGAGCCGGGGCCAUGUUUUGGCAUAUUCCCACGCUUCUUCUACAACUCCAGCGCCAUGAGCUGUCAGAGAUUCAAUUACGGAGGCUGCAUGGGCAACAAGAACAACUUCAAGACUGAGAGGGAGUGCCUGCAGAGGUGUCGCACAGAGGCGGUGUGUCGUCUCCCCUUGACGGCCCUGCCGUGCACCGGGGAGCCCGUCAACUGGUCCUUUGACUCUACCCUGGGCGAGUGCGUCGCCUACAAAGCAGACUUCUGCCAGACCAACGGCAACAAGUUCUACAGCAAGUCCGAAUGCGACGAGUACUGCGGCGUCAAAGCUGUAGAAAUCCUAAAAGAAGACUGA